AUGGCAGUCCUCUUCGCCUCCAAUUCCGCAGGACCACCGGCUCGCCAGGUUUUGGGCAUAGUCUGGGAGAAGAAUGAUGACACAGAUAAGCGCCUGCGGGCCAACUUGGUCCCCCUCAUUUUGGAGCCGAUGCCCGCGAAUGCGGCCUUCGAAGACGCGGGCGUGACAUACAAGGAUACCAUCAAAGCCGACCUGUCCAAAGAUCCGCGAGUCGAGCACAUCGAGGACGUUGGGUCGUUCGCUACUGACGACAAGACCGCGUAUCCUCACCGCGCCGCGGCGGCAGCUCGCCUGGUCGCAGACGGGACGGUCGACAGGGCGCUCUUGAUUUGCGGGACAGGGCUCGGGGUCGCCAUCACGGCCAACAAGGUGAAGGGCGUCAGGGCGGUCACGGCGCAUGACUCCUUCUCCGUCGAGCGGGCAGUCCUGAGCAACAACGCUCAGGUGCUGUGCAUGGGCGAGCGGGUGAUCGGGCUGGAGCUGGCCCGCAGACUCGCAAAGGAAUGGCUCGGGUAUGUGUUUGACGAACAGAGUGCGAGCGCUAGCAAGGUCGAUGCCAUUCGGGAUCUUGAGAGGGAGUCGGGGUGA